UGGAUGGAGGCUGCUUCGUUUUACUUUGUGAGGGAUCGGAGUGGAAUAAGCCGGUGUCCUAAGCUGCUGCGGUCUUGCGUCUUCUUCGGGGUGUAAAGGUCUUUGUGUGAGAAAUGGGAGCGAUGCUGCUCAAUCGAUUGCUCUGCCUGUGGCUGCUCUCUCUGAACGUUUUGUGGACCGGCCUCCAUGGCCAUGAGCUCAAAUCCACAAGAUGGCCGCUGUUCCCCCAGAAGCCUUUGCUGCUGGCCUGGAACGCUCCGACGGAGGAUUGCGGCCCUCGCCAUGGCAUCUACUUCCAGCUGGGUCAGUUCCAGAUUGUGGCCUCGCCCAGCGAGGGCUUUGUUAAGCAGAACCUCACCAUCUUUUACAAGGACCGAUUGGGGCUGUACCCCUACUAUGAGCAUGAUGGCACACCAGUCAAUGGCGGCCUUCCCCAGGUAGCAAGCCUCACCCAGCACCUGGAAAAAAUACCAGAAGGCAUGAAAAAGUACAUUAGAGAGCCGACGGCAAAGGGCCUGGCGGUCCUCGACUGGGAGGAAUGGCGGCCCCUGUGGAUACGCAACUGGGACGCUAAAGACAUCUACCGCAACCAGUCGCGGCGACUGAUCUCUUCCAAAAACCCUGGCUGGACACCGGAAGAGGUGGCCAAGGUAGCGCAGCAGGACUUUGAGCUGUCCGCACAGCGUUUCAUGUUGGAGACCCUGCGCGUGGCCAAGAGCCUGCGUCCCGGCCAGCUGUGGGGCUUCUAUCUGUUCCCUGACUGCUACAACCACGACUACCGCACCAGCCUGUCUAACUACACGGGUCGUUGCCCGGAAAAGGAGGUCAAACGGAAUGACCAGCUCAGCUGGCUGUGGACAGAGAGCACAGCCCUGUUCCCUUCCAUAUACAUGGGUCGGAUGCUGAGGAACCGGGAGAGCGGACGGCAAUUCGUCAGGAACCGGGUCAUGGAGGGCAUGCGGUUGGCCUCUACCGGCGAUGGCCUCGCCCGACCUGUGUUCGUGUAUACACGCCCCACCUAUACUAAUGAACUCACACUAUUGACUGAGAUGGACUUGGUCUCUACUAUAGGGGAGAGUGUAUCUCUUGGGGCGGCUGGGGUUAUCUUCUGGGGCGACUCCACCUAUGCCAGCAGUAAUGUGAGCUGUUUCAGUCUGAGCGACUACCUGCGGGGUCCACUGGGCCGCUACCUCCUCAACGUGUCAACUGCGGCGGAGCAGUGCAGCCGGCUGCUGUGCACCUCUAGGGGGCGCUGCUUGCGCAAGCACGCCGACACAGACACCUACCUGCACCUGAGCCCCCACACCCACCGGUUGGAGCUGCAGGGCAGCCGGCUGGUGGUGCACGGGCAGCUAGGUGUGGAGGAGCAAGCCCGUCUGCACCAGGACUUCCAGUGCCAAUGCUACAGUGGGUACGUGGGCCCCGGGUGCACUCAGGCCGAUACUGCAGACGGGACCGUAUUUGCCCACAGUGCGCAGCUGCCCGGCCUGCUGGGGGCGCUAGCACUGGUCCUGCUGCUACAGUAAGGGCGAGUGGAAAGAUGUGUGCAGGAACGGCACAGAGGAACACACUGGAGGUUCUCCGUGUGGGACUGGACGUGGGAGACUUCAGGACAUUGCACAGGAAGAUGUGGAGUGGAUGAGGAAAGGAAACAGAGGAAACACUGCUGCUUUUGAGGGAGCGUUUAAUGUAGUACUAUGUGAGCAGUCUUACCCUUACCGCACAGGACAAACUACACACAAAGAAGUUGAUGAUUUUACACUGUGCCUGAAAGAAAUCAUUUGGAAAGCUUAUGUGAGCAUGUUUAUGUCCAAGUAUUAUAAUGCAUACUUGGAAAUGUCUCUAUAUUCAGGUCACAUAUGAUUUUAAGUGCUUUAUGUCCUUUUGAUCUUUAAUCCGUGGGAAUAUUUUGGACCAUUGUAUGUUGCCUUAUCUUUUACAGGCAAGUUGUUGGCGAGUUUUAGGAGUUGCAGAGUAACAGGCUACAGGUAGUGGAUGCAGUACUAAAGACAAAAACUGAGCAGCUUUACCGAAAACCUCUCUUACUGACCACUGCUGGAUGGUGUCGUAUGAACAGAGUUAUAUUUCAUCUACCAAAGCACAAACCUUUCACCUCAAAUCUUGGUCCCCUAUUUCAUGAACUUGUGUCUUUUUAUGGAACAAACUGGAAUAUUUUUAGUGAUAUAUGUGUGUGUUGUUUUUUAUUUUAGAUAAUUUGCUAUAUUCUCUUCAAUUGUUAUUUGAAAAAUAUCAAUGAUUGUCAUGUUUACGUGUGUGUGUGUGUGUGUGUGUGUGUGUGUGUGUGUGUGUGUGUGUGUGUCUUGAUGGAUGUUUUUAUCUGUUUUUUAGUUCCUCAAGAAGUGACUUGCCUCUAUCAGUGGUAAAGAGACUUUUACAGUCAGAUUAAACACACCAAAGCCUACUAUUGUCUUUUUUUAAAACCAAAUUUUGCUUAUUCUUUUCCAUACGAAAAUGGUUUGAUUCGGUCAUAUCUACAUUAGAAGGUAUCAUUUCCUUCAUAGAUAUAAAAAAUUGUUUUGUAUGUUGGUCAGAAUACAAAGAAUUGUAACUAAACAUUUCCUAUUAUUUUCUACAAUAAAUCAGAGAUUUCA